AUGUUUUCACAUGGAACACGUCCAACUCACCCAUGGGCCAAUUGUAUUGCACAGUUCACACCAAAUUUUGUGUUACAUUGUUUGCCUGCCUAUCUAUCUAUCUAUCUAUCUAUCUAUCUAUCACAACUUGUUCAUAUCUAUCUAUCUAUCUAUCUAUCUAUCUCAUUCUGUUCAUAUCUAUCUAUCUAUCUAUCUAUCUAUCUAUCUAUCUAUCUAUCUAUCUAUCUCAUUCUGUUCAUAUCUAUCUAUCUAACAAUUUUUUUCAAUUGCCUAUUUAUCUAUCUAUCUAUCUAUCUAUCUAUCUAUCUAUCUAGUUCUAUUUGUAUUGACAUAUCUCGGUUUGUCCAUAUCUGUCUAUCUAAGUCUCUUCAUCUAUCUAUCUAUCUAUCUAUCUAUCUAUCUAUCUAUCUAUCUAUCUCUUUCUGUCCACAUCUAUCUAUCUAUCUAUCUAUCUAUUUUUUUCAGUCUUUUCAUGUCUACUUAUCUAUCUUUUAG